AUGAAAGUUGUUAGUUACUACAACGACACCAUACAAACUCUAACCCUCUUCGAGACCGACACAUUCCAAAAAAUACCAAAACCCGAACUCAAGUCAGCUGAACCAACCCCUCUUAUUAUCUCGGACGACCUCCUCAGCAAAAUCGAUCCAACCCUUAAGAUUCCCACCGUUCGCUGGUGGGGCGAAACGUUCGACGAGACGAUCUUCAAGGAAGCCGUCAACCGGAAUACCGGCAGGCUGAGCUUCGCGUUUCCACUGGUGGACAUCCAGAGUCGGAUGGGCAUCCCGAUUCAGUUGAACGCGUUCUACGAGGAUUCGGAGGAGGUCACUGCGGGAGCGCUGGGAGCGAGCUGGAAGCUGGAUGAGAACUUCAUCGUGGUGGAUCGGAAGGGAACGGUGUUUGAGGAACUUCACGAGUAUUAUUUGGUUAGAGGGAAUAGGAGGGCGAGGCUUUUGAGGGACUUCGAGGGAAGUAAUGGGAAGGUGGUGAAGUUUUCGAUUGCUGAUAUGAAGGACUUGAAGAUUGAGUUGAGGAAUGAGGAAAAGAAGCUUAGUGACUAUGCCAAUCUUGCUGAAGAAAUGCAGAUUCCCAUUGAUUUUGAACAGUACUUUCUGAACGUCAAUGCGGACUUUAUGUUCAUCAUGAACCGUGCAAUCAAGUUUGAAGGAGGCUUCUUCAAAGCUGUUCCGUUGGACAAGGACGAGCUUCAGCUCAAAAAGAUCAAUGUGAACAUUGGCGACAAAUACCUACUCUCCAAAGCUUUAAACGAGACUGAGAUCAAAACGCACCUUGCACAAAACAUUACCAUACGAUAUCCAAAUUACAUCGUAGAACAAUUUGAGGACAACCUGUUCGUAAUCCCACUGAAUGAUGAUCGCACAACUCCUUUCAAUCUUACACAUCGAACGGUUCAUCCAGCCAGCAUUCCCCAGCUAUUGCUCACAAAAGACAAGCGAGGUAACGUCUACGAAAGGACUCCCAGGGCGAUUAGGCCAAACUCCGUACACUCAGUAGUGUCGAUGACAACCAUAUCCGGACUAGGACAACCGCACAAAACUCGCUACGAUUACCUGGAUCCCGCCACACUGGACACCAGCGUGUACUUCCUAAAGACUCGUGUAAUCCCUGGCAGUUCGAAGAACUUCCAGUUUGGAUACUUUGAGCAACGUACGGACUUUGUGAAUGGGACGAACGAUGUGCAGGUGUUUGAUUCCAGGAAGCAGCUGUUCGAUAAGGAUUACCUCAGUCGAUUGGAGGCAAAGUCACGCAAGGAGAGGGAAGAGCAGUCGCAUGAGAUGAAGGAUGAUCCGCGGACUGUGAUUUGGGAUAAGAGCGGACGGUUUCCGAUUGUUCGAGCGGCACCGUUUCAGGUUGAGGAUGAGGUUGUGGGAUUCAUGGGAUUUGAGGGGUACGAAGUCAAGGUUGCUUACAUUCAGCACCACUACCCGAUAUCGAAAGGAUUCCGCCACACCGAGGAACGAAAACAGAACGGUGCGUUCAACGUCCAUGUCGAAAACAAGCAGAAUCUCCUCGUGGCGGAAUACGUCCGCACUGAGGACUACAACAAUCUGCUGACAACUUACGAUUACGAUUCAGGUGGGAAUCUCCUCCGAGUUCUUCCACCAAAUCAUCACGAACAUCACGAUGCUUACGAUGUCAUAGAUGUAACCAACUCUUCACCAUGGGAGAUCAAGUCGGAGUAUUACAACAACUCCAAACUGUUGAGGACUCGCCAAACUCCGGACACUGGAAAGAUGGAAUUCCUCUACGAUGAGAACGGUCAGCUGCAGUUUCAACUUCACUACGAUGAUGCUGGCAAGCUCGACAGAAUCAAGUAUUCUUUGUACAAUUUAGAAGGUCGAACUAGAGAGUUUGGAUUGCUGGAUCCAUCGUUGAAGAAUCGACUUCGUAGUAAAGAAUCCUUCGAUCGCGGUAAUAUCUUCAUGCGGUUCAGCUACGGCGAAGAAGAUCCUGCGUUGCGAAAUCGAAUGCUCUAUGUGUUCAAGCAGAAUGAGAAGCAGGUCCAGGAGGAAGUGUUUUUGUUUGAUGAGGAGGAGAACUUGAUCAGCAGAGAUGAAAUUUCCAACGGAGACACAGUAGCAAAUCGUUCCAUCCAGUUCUUCUAUGAAAACGAGAAGAUCUCUACGAUUGUGUAUCCCACAAACUUAACCGUAUUCUACAGUCACAACUCCAGAGGUGAAAUGACCUCCAUAACAGCCAGCUUCGGAACAGAAAUCGCAUCCUUCACUCACGAUCCUCAAGGUAAGGUCACCACCAUACUUCACGAAAAGGAGAACUUUACCGCAACUUAUUUGUACGACAUCGCUGGACAUCUACUCCAAAUCAAGAGUCCUUUCCUCGAAGAGUGGAUAUCUCACCGGGACGGAGGUUACGGAGCGAAUCGCGUAGGAGACGGAACGAUCCUUCGUACCGAGUUCCGUGCGCUUUGGCACGACAAGUGCGAUCAAAGUCGAAUCACUUUGAAAGUAUCGGAUUUUGUGGGUGAAAAGAUGAACUACGAACUGGCAGAUCGAUGUUACCAUGCGUUAAAAAAGAAACAAGUUAUCGAUGGGCUUGGAAGACCAGUUAUGACAUUCUACCCAGAGUUGUACGAUGAUCUUCCGAUUCGAUGCUCUACUAGAGCUGGAGGAAGGCAUGUAGCUAGAACUGUCAUGUCUAAGGGAUAUCCUCUGGUGUACGGACACGCCUACAAGUAUGGAAGUCAUGUUACGGUAGAACUGUCAUACGACUACAAGGGCGAACGCACCACGAAGAUUGUCCGCAAAAAAAGCGGCGAUCUUCUUCUCAAACUCCACUACGUUCGCGAUCCCAAGGGAAACGUUCUGAUUGAACUCAAGCACGAAUACCCGGAUCCGAAGCAAACUGACAAACCAAUCGUUACGGUCACCUCCUACAUCCGAGGCCCACUGGGGUUGAUCGGGUUCUACCGCAACAGCGAAUACUACAGCGUUCUGCAGGAUCACGAGGGUUCUACGAGGUUGGUGGUCAAGGGUGGCCAGGUGAUCGCAGCGUACGAUUACCUUCCGUAUGGUCAGUUGAUUCGGAGGUUCAACUCCGAUCCUGAUGGUCAUAUCACCUAUCUGUAUACGGGACAAGAGUUGGAUGAAGAGACCGGGUUGUACAACUACCACGCGCGAUUGUACGAUCCGGACAUGGGACGGUUCUACCAGGUUGAUCCUCAAGAGCAGUAUCCAAGUCCGUACAAGUACGCUGGGAACUCCCCGAUUUCACUGGUCGACCCGGACGGUGAAUUCGCCUUCACCCUGUUUUUGAUCUGCUUGGGGUUCUUCCUAGCAGGAGCAGCCCACAGCAAUACGUUCGACGUCACCAAGUGGGACUUCAAAGAUCCGAUGCUAUACCUCAGCAUGUUCGGUGGAGUUGUUGGAGGUUUGGCGGCCGGCAUGGGCGCUGCUGCUUCCGUGAGCUUCUUCACCUCGUUUUUCAGCGGAUCUUCCGUCGCCGGACAUCUGGCCACGGGAACACUUUCCGUGGCAGGUGCACUUUUUGGGGCUGCGGGGGCUUCCAACGAGUGGAAUCCGGCCAAGUGGGACUGGACCUCACCAAAGAUUUGGAGUGGACUCUUCGGAGGGGCUACCGUUGCUAUCAACUUGCCUGGAGCUUAUUUGGGAAUUUUAAGAACGAUGGCAUUUUUGGGCAAAACUGUUUACAAAACGACUCUUCCGGUGUUGCUGAUUGGAUUUGGGUAUCUCGGCGGUUCGAUGGCCAACGACUGGGAGUUCAAUGUAAACAAGUGGAGCAAAGGUCCGAAGACAUUCUUUGCGCUGCUCGAUGCAACUACAAUGUCAUUGAUAACCAUCAGUACUCCUAUGAAGCUGGCGAAACCUGUGAAGUCGCUGACGAGGUUGAUUCUACACAAGAAAGACCUCGUGCUACGAGCGAAAUCGUUCGAACAGAUCAACUUCGGGCAGGACGCCUUUUCCCGAUGCAUGCCAAUCGAUUGGCACGGCCUCCCAUCGGUGACCUGCGAUGGUGAGCGAUCGACCUUCAUCUACACCCCUCACGACCAGGUUACGGUGUUCAACUAUCUCGAUGGUUGGAUUAUGUUGGCGCGGAAUUGGCGAGUCGCAAGACUGCAAGGAACGACCUUCGUCGCUCUGUUCACCAAGCUUGGACUAGCAAUCUAUGACGAUUCCAAGAAUCUGAAGGAAGUGAUCGUGGAUGUCAUCAUGGAUUCGAUCAACAUGGCAGAUGGUGCUGGAGUUAAACCAAUUAUUUUGCACGGAGUUUACGAUGAUCGGAACGUGAUGUUCUUUGGCCGUGACAUUUAUGGGGAAGUGUACGUGGAAAUGUUCAAUUCUGAGGAAAGGCGGAUAGAUCUGCUUGUUAUGGAGAGUGGCUUUUCAAGUGGAGUGUUUUUCGGUGUUUACGAGCUUGGUGGUGAGCUACGGUCCGUUGGUAAACGACUGGAGAAGGAGAUCAUUUUGUAUGAUAUGAUCAAACCGACGUCGACGACAUUGAAGACUAAAGCUACAAUUCCAAUUGGAUCAACGCUUGGAUCGUUCGAUAAAGCCUUUAAGAAGGACUCUACACUGUAUUACUUCAACGAUGUUGGGCUCUACGAGAUUGAUUUGGAUACCAAGAAGCAACAGCUGUACUGCAAUGAGUUUUCUGCACUUCGUGGAUGGAAUCAAAAGUAUCUUGAUACAAUACAAUUUGUUGAAGGUGAAGGUGUUGUGUUUGUGUUCUCUGGACCUAAAGGAAUCGGCAGCUGUCAGAUAUCCAACAAUUCUUGUGACUUGAAGCAUGCAGAAAGAAACGAUUUUAAGAAAGUGAACGUUGUAAAAGUUUUAAAAAACCCCAACCCUUUGAGAGUUGUCAGUUUUUCAAAAGACACCAUACAAAUUCUAACUCUCUCCGAGACUGAUACAAUUCAAAAGAUUCCAAAACCCGAACUCAAGUCAGCUGAACCAGCCCCGCUCACAAUCUCGGACGACCUCCUCAGCAAAAUCGAUCCAACCCUCAAGAUUCCCACCGUUCGCUGGUGGGGCGAAACGUUCGACGAGACGAUCUUCAAGGAAGCCGUCAACCGGAAUACCGGCAGGCUGAGCUUCGCGUUUCCACUGGUGGACAUCCAGAGUCGGAUGGGCAUCCCGAUUCAAUUGAACGCGUUCUACGAGGAUUCGGAAGAUGUCACUGCGGGAGCACUGGGAGCGAGCUGGAAGCUGGAGGAGAACUUCAUCGUGGUGGAUCGGAAGGGAACGGUGUUUGAGGAACUUCACGAGUAUUAUUUGGUUAGAGGGAAUAGGAGGGCGAGGCUUUUGAGGGACUUCGAGGGAAGUAAUGGGAAGGUGGUGAAGUUUUCGAUUGCUGAUAUGAAGGACUUGAAGAUUGAGCUGAGGAAUGGUGAAGAGCAGUGGGUUGUUGAAGAUAAGAAGCUUCGAUAUAUUUUCGGGAAUGAUGGUAAUAGAGAGGCGAUUUCUCGGAUAUCUGGGUGGGAAAAUUGGUUUGGAUCAACCACAAAACAAGUGAAACUGACCAGUAUCAAAGUAUUCCCAAUUGCCUGGCAUUUGCUUAAAGUGAAGAACAUUUGGGAUUCCUCUGAUGUGAUUUCGUAUUAUUACAAUGUUGUUAAAGAUGGGGCUAAGACAACGGUAUCAAAUUUGAUCAAAAUUUCUGACAUGAAAAAUCACUCGAUUGAGCUCGUUUAUGAUUCAAAUAAACUUUUGACUAAUAUUAAAAUCAUAACUCCGUGGUAUAAGCAGAGCUUGGUAUUAAAAUAUGAUCAGGACUACUUGAAGUCCAUCAACCAAUUCAAUAGAAUUAUGCUUGGCUUCGAUUACUACUCCAAAGGAGGUAAAAGACGUCAACUUGCAGAAGUAACCUUACCAUCAAGUGAGAAAGUAAACUACGACUAUCAGAAUGUGGCAAUCCCCAACGAAGAAGUAAACUUGGGAAAAAGUAAAAUUUUCAUUGGAAGAGGCUCAUAUCUUUUGGAGGCCAAAUUGAAAGACACGAAAAUAUCAAUAAUAACUCGGGACCUGGCAGGUAAAAACAACAUGGUAGAGGAAAAAAAGUUUACGAUUCACUAUUACGAGAGGCUAAACUCUUUCCAUGCGAUUGUUGAGGAAAAAUUCUUCUUGGUGCUGUGUUAUUUUGAAAAUCUCCUCUCGCUUUACGUUUAUGGAUUGGAAGAAUUUUCUAUGGAUAUGCUGAAAACAUACACAGCAAUCAAAAAUCAAACCGAUAUUCACACAGAGCACAACUACAUUCUCCUAAGAAAUCAUAAUAAUUUGAUCUUUUUUCACUGGAAUGAGAAUACUAAAAGUUGGAAGACUGAUUCUCACCAAAUUUCAAAUUUUUAUUCAAUAGCCUUCAUUGAUCGAGGUGUGGUAUAUUUGACCAUCGACCUUCAGCUUACAAUUUGCAGGUGGAAUCAUGGCAUGAAAAAGAUGGUGCAGAAAAUUGGAUCGAAAUUGCACAAUUUUAACAAGAUUGAUGAAAUAUUCAACAGAAUAAUGUUAAGUGACCAGAAGGGUGAAAAAUAUUCUUCAAAGACGAAAGCAAACUUUAAGGAAAAGGCAAUUGUUGUUCAUAAUAAUGUGAUUGCUGUGAGAUCCAUUGAGUUGACCCAUCUAGGAUUGUUCAAAGUCAGCGUUAAUAUUUAUCUUCUUUCGAAAAGUUAUGAACUCGCUUCGUUUAACACGAUCACCUUACGUGGGGACGAUUUAAAAAGCUUUCAAAUAACUUUAGAUGCCAUCUUUGGAGAUGAACCAUCGCAGGUAACGUUCAAGUACAGGAAUUACGAAAAUGAGCGAUUGGUUCUCUACGUAGAUCAGGUUGACCCAAUGCCUGAGGGAAGAAUAAUCGACGACUUUGCUGGCCUGGCCGAAGAAAUGCUAAUGCCACUCGAUUUUGACAAGUACUUCUUCAACGUGAAUGGCGGAUUCAUACUCAUCAUGAAUCAUGCUAUAAGGUUCGAUGGUGAUACCUUCGUUGCGAUACCAGUUGAUAAGACGGAACUUCAAAUGAAGCAGUUCAACAUUCAGAUAGGGCAGGAAUACUCACUAUCCAAAGCGUUGAACAACGUGGAGAUCAAGCUGAUAAAAACCAAAUCCAAAAUAAUCUUGCAUCGAUUUGAGAUAAAUCAACCGCAAAACAUCACCAUUAGAUAUCCAAACUAUUGCUUGGAAACGUUUGACGGUGGUCUAACUGUGAUCCCACUCAAUCCCGAUCGCAUCACUCCAUAUAAACUCUGGAAUCGAUCCCUUCACCCGGCCAGCAUCCCUCAGCUUCUACUGACAACCGACCAAGAAGGUAACGUGUACGGAGCGUCCGCCAGAAUAGUCCGGUUCGAUUGGAACAACUCGGUAGUGACGAUGACUACCAUCUCCGGACUAGGAAACCCGUCCAGAACUCGCUACCGAUACCUAGAUCCAGCCAUAAUCGACACCAGUGUGUACUACAGAACGACGCACGUGAUACCUGGUGGUUCUAACGAUCUCAGGUAUGGAUACUUUGAGCAACGCUCGGAUAUGGUACGUGGUACGAACAAUGUGCAGGUGUUUGAUUCCAAGCAACAGUUGUUCGAUAAGGACUACCUCAGUCGAUUGGAGGCAAAGUCUCGCAAGCAAAGGGAAGAGCAGUCCCAGGAUAUGAAGGAUGAUCCGUGGACUGUGAUUUGGGAUAAAAGUAGACGGUUUCCGAUUGUUCGAGCGGCACCGUUUCAGGUUGAGGAUGAGGUUGUGGGAUUCAUGGGAUUCGAGGACUACGAAGUCACGGGUAGAUGGGUGAUUCGGUCCGAUUCGAUUGUGAAGGACCAAUUCUCUGCUACGGGAAGGAAUUAUCUAAGGUUGAAGAAGGGUGAACGCAUUUCAGUAACGUUUGCGGCAAGAAACUACGCCGGCGUAUUUGUAGCAAGAUCAUGCAUAAGACCAACCCAUAAAUACGAUUUUCAAACACUGCCUGGUAAGAUGUCCAAUAUUUUGAGUCUAACCGCAUCAGAUUCAACCGUCAAAUCGUCUGGCGUUACGAUUUCAUCAAACCUGAAUGAAUGGUAUAUUCUUCAAGUUAUGAUCAACAUGACGGAUUCUAGGAACUCUCGAAUAUCUCUCGAAGUCAAAGCUCACCCAUGUGAGAUUCACGUUGACCACGUCUUGUACGCUCCGCUGGAUCUCAACUUUGAAGCGAUCGUGUACGAUUCCCAAACGGCACUGCCAACCGAAGUGAUCCGAAACAACGGACAAGUUACGCGAUUCAUCAACGAUGGCUACGGCAAGAAGAUGGUUGAACUGUUCCAGAAUGGAUUUGUUAAGAUCUUUGAGAGCUACCAAGUGCGAUCGGAUAGUCCCUACCAGAAGGAGUUCUAUACCUCAUCGUUGGUUGUUAAGCCGAUACAUGGUAUUGUCACCCCAUUCAGUCCAUAUGUAAUUCGAGGCUAUUGGGAUUUUGUAGAGUUCGAAAUAUUACAAAUUUCUCAGCGAUAUCUCAAAAUUAAUGGACAUAUUCACUACAAGAUCCCAAUAACCAGCGAUUCAAUUUGGUUGAAUUUCCAGUACGGAUCUUUGGAUAACGCUCUACGUAUACACAUUGGAUCAACGAUUGUUUAUACUUUUCAUCGCAGUUCAAUUCCAUCAAGCGGACACUUGACAAUGUUGAUAAGUUCACACUUUUACACGAUCUGGAUCGAUGGAUCGCUGAUCCAAAGUGGAGUUAAAGUGGGUUUGAAAAUGAUCGGUUCAAAGUUAUCACUUGCUGGAAGUAUUGUCCUCUCGGACAUUGUCAUUAUCGACGGAUCCGAAUUUCUCAUAACUUACCAUAAUCGUGAGUCUAAUCCUACUCAGGAAACCCAGCUUGGAAGCAGAGGCGGUAUUUUCAUACGACAAACCCUUUACGAUGAGAUCGACAGGAAAACGAAACAAACCCUGUGGACGGAACUUCAGCAUACGGAUGUGAAACAUCCCAUGGGAUAUCAAAACAAGUUUGCUGAAAGUCAUGAUGAAAGUGGCUCUCUGCAUGGUCUGGUGGAAAAGUUCAACCCAAAAACUUCGAGCUAUCCCUACCAAGGCUUCUUCUACCACAACGUUCCGGUGGACGUUCAAAGUGGGGUCAGUCAACCGGGUAGCGCAAAUACCACCACAUUCAGCGUAAACUCCACAGUUCCAUACAUUCUACUGCACUAUCCAACGUCUCGGGGGUUCCGUCACUCUGAGAAACGAAAGCUGAACGGAGCGAUCCACGUCAGCGUCGAGGACACGCGAAACCAGGUGGUAGUCGAGUACACUCGCACCGAGGACUACAACAACGUCCUGACGACGUACGAGUACGAUGAGCUGGGCAAUUUGCUGCGAAUGAUUCCUCCAAAUCACCACGAAAGUCAUGACAAAUAUGUUGCUGGGGAACAGUUGGAGUCUUCACCGUUGGAUAUUAAGAUGGAGUAUUAUGACAGUACUAAAUUGCUAAAAUCGCGUCAGACUCCGGACUUUGGAAGGAUGGAAUUCGUCUACAAUGAGUAUGAUCAGCUACGGUUUCUAUUUCAUUACGGCGAUGGAGGUAAACUCGUCAAAAUCAAGUAUUAUUUGUACAACAUAGAAGGUAGAACGCAAGAAUUUGGCUUGCUGGAUCCAAAGUUGCAUGGUGAACUUCGCAGCGAUCCCAACAAACCAUUCCAGCGAGGUGAUACCUUCAUACUGUUCAAUUACGGCGAAGAAGAUCCUGCGUUGCGGAAUAGAAUGGUAUACGUUUUCAAGCAGAACGAGAACCGAACACAGGAAGAAGUGUUUCUGUUUGAUGAAGAGGAGAAUCUGAUCAGCAGGGAUAUCAUUUCCAACGGAGAAAUGGUAAAGAAUCGAUCGAUACAGUUCAAUCAUGAAAACGAGAAAAUCUCCGCCAUUCAUUAUCCUACGAAUAUAACCCUACUCUGCAAUCAUAACUCCAGAGGAGAGAUAACCUCCAUUACAGAUCAUUUUGGAACUAAAAUCGCUUCCUUCACUCACGAUCCUCAAGGGAAGGUCGCUUCCAUUGUUCACGAAAAGGAGAACUUUACCGUCAUCUAUUCUUACGACACCGCUGGACAUUUGCUCAAGAUCACGAGUCCAUUUCUCGAAGAGGUGAUAUCUCACCAGGACGGAGGAUACGGAGCUGAACCCGUAGGCGAUGGAACGAUUCUUCGAACGGAAUUUCACGCUCUCUGGCAUGAUAAGGCCGAUAGAAGUCAGAUUGCGCUCAAACCUUCAGAUUUUAUAAGUGAACAGAUGAGUAACGCACUGGCGGCGCAGUGUUACCGAGCGUUUAGGAAGAAAAAGCUUAUCGAUAGACUUGGGAGUCCCGUCAAGACGUUCUACCCGGAAUUGUACAUAGAUCUUCCGGUCAACUGCUCCACGGGGGUUGAAGGAAAUCACAUAGCCGAGAUGUUCUUGACAAAGGGAUUCCCUCAGCUGUACGGACAUGCCUUCAAGUAUGGAAGUCACGGUGAACUGAUUGAAGCAAAGAGUUACAUUCAGGAUGAACGGGAUAGUCUCACGAGACCGUUGAAUUUUAAGAGGUUCGAAGUAGAGUUCCGGAAGGCAAACAUCGAAGGCAAUGCAACUUCAGUUUGGGAUAAUCUUAAAAAGCAUUAUCUGAUCUCCAAAGGUACGAAUGCUCUGCAGAAGGGUCAAUACUACGAAACAGAUAUCAAGCUCAGUAAGCUGGGUGUGAUGUUGAAUAGGUAUCAUCUUUUAAAGAGCCCAGAUUCAAAAGAAAAUGCUGACACUCUUUGUAACAAAUGGAUGGUCGAUUCAGAUGCAAUCGAAAAAUGCAAACGAGACGUGACUUCCUACAGUCCAAAGGUGCGCUUGAAAUUGAAGAACAUUGAUAAUCAUGCAAAAAUUAUCAAAAUAUUAGCACCCUUUUUCGCCACUGAACUCGGAAAGUCUCCCGCAGAUGUACACUUCUUCUCCAUCGACAAGAACGGCAAUCACAAACUGUUCUACGUGGGAUUUAACCGCUACGAAAUGAAAUACAAACAGUUCAAGAAUCAAAUUGAGUCCAUAAAAAUUUCAAGCUAUGGAAAAUCAACAAAUUUCAUUCUUGAGCAUAACAGUGACGGGAAUGUAGUACGAGCUGAUCAUAAGGGCAUAUCGCGGAUCGAGUAUGAUCAUCUAGUGCAACGAGCUUCAAAGAUCGUCACAUCGACAGUUACGGUAGAACUGUCAUACGACUACAAGGGCGAACGCACCACGAAGAUUGUCCGCAAAAAAAGCGGCGAUCUUCUUCUCAAACUCCACUACGUUCGCGAUCCCAAGGGAAACGUUCUGAUUGAACUCAAGCACGAAUACCCGGAUCCGAAGCAAACUGACAAACCAAUCGUUACGGUCACCUCCUACAUCCGAGGCCCCCUGGGGUUGAUCGGGUUCUACCGCAACAGCGCAUACUACAGCGUUCUGCAGGAUCACGAAGGUUCUACGAGGUUGGUGGUCAAGGGUGGCCAAGUGAUCGCAGCGUACGAUUACCUUCCGUAUGGUCAAUUGAUUCGGAGAUUCAACUCGGAUCCUGACGAUCAUAUUACAUAUCUGUAUACGGGACAAGAGUUGGAUGAAGAGACCGGGUUGUACAACUACCAUGCGCGGUUGUACGACCCGGACUUGGCCCGGUUCUAUCAGGUUGAUCCUCAGGAGCAAUAUCCGAGUCCGUACAAGUACGCUGGGAACUCUCCAAUCUCACUGGUUGAUCCGGACGGUGAAUUCGCUUUCCUCCUGUUCAUGAUUUUCUUGGGAGCGUUCCUGGCGGGAGCAGCACACAGUAAAACGUUCGACGUUACAAAGUGGAACUUCAAUGAUCCGAUGCUCUACCUCAGCAUGUUCGGUGGAGCAGUGGGUGGAGCGGCAGCUUCCAUGGGUGCUGCAACUUCGUUGAGCUUUUUCACCUCGUUUUUUGGUGGAUCAACGGUGGCUGGUGUGUUGGCUACGGGGACCCUUGCCGUGGCUGGAGCGCUGUUCGGAGGCGCUGGAGCUGCCAACGAGUGGAAUCCGGCCAAAUGGGACUGGACAUCACCGGCCCUGUAUAGCGGGUUCUUCCGUGGGACAACUUUCGCGCUCAGUCUACCCGGAGCCUAUCUGGGAGCAGUCAAAAUGAUGGCCAUGCUGGGAAAAACCGUUUACAAAACGGGACUGGCUCUUCUCAUUGCUGGUUUUGGCUACAUUGGAGGAGCAAUGGCCAACGACUGGGAGUUUAAUCCGACCAAAUGGGACACUGGCCCAAAAACACUCUUUGCUUUGUUUGACGGUACUACGAUUGCUCUUCUGACGGCAAGUACUCCGAUGAAACUAGCGAAACCUCUCAAGUCCCUUACGAAAUUUAUUACGCAUAAGAAAGAUCUCGUAAUGCGAAGUGUUAAAGUAGCAAGUUUCAAAGCCCUUACAUCCCAAACGAACAGGUUGGCAGUAUUUCAUGUAUCACUGAUGGUUGGUAGACAGGCCGGCUUGAUCAAGAAGCUGCACCAGUUGCAAACAUCACCAGUAAGAGCCAUUGAAGGCAGAAAGCGAAACAAACGAGAUAGCUAUGAGUCCAUCCCCAGCAGUUCAGAUCGACUGGAAGAUGUCUUGUCUACUAUUUGGUCAUACUUAAAUCUCAAUUCGGCGUUUAAAUCACAUCAAGCACCAAAAACCAAAACCUCAACGAAUUUGUGCAAACAUAAAUCUAAAGAAACCAAAUCAAAGCAAUUCCAAAGAUAUUGUAUCCGUCCAACAAACUCCAAGCUACACUUCAUUUGCCCUCAGCCAAACUCUCAAAUCGGCGUUUAUCCCAAAGCGAAUUCAUUCGAAGAGGUCGGCUUCGGGCAGGACACCUUUUCCCGAUGCAUGCCAAUCUAUUGGUACGACCUUCCAGCGGUGGCGUGUGAAGGGGAUCGAUCGACCUUUAUCUACACUGCUUACGAUCAGGUGACGGUGUUUCACUAUCUCGAUGGUUGGAUUAUGUUUGCGCGGGUAGCUCCUGCUAUUUGUAGGGAUUUAAAGCGAGGUAUUACGAAUCUCGUGAAUGUUUUCCAUCAAAAACCAGUGAAAAAUAAAAUGUCUCAAAGUGUUUUCAGCCAAAUUCAACAACUUUUGCAUAGCGAAAUGGAUGAAAUUAAUGGAAUCUUGGAGCAAUCCUCUCAGAGUGACCAAAUUAUGAAUAUGUGGACAUUUUUAAAGGAAGAUAUUGAAGAAUUUCUCGAUGAAGCAUGGUACAAGUACGACAGUCAUGAGUUUGAAAUCAUUCAAGAGCGCUUAAUUGCAUUCAAAGAAGAUAUUACGGAAACAGAGAUAUUACAUACCUGCACUAGUGAGUUAGUAAAUGUAACUAAAAUGACUUUGAAAUCGCUUCAAAAUAUUGUAACUAUCACAAAAAAUGGACCAGUUGAUAAGACAAUGUUUUUCGACUACUUGCAUGCAAUAAUGGCAAGUUCUAAUACGUUAAUCUAAAUCAUAGCAGAAAUAACACAUGGAUUAUAAUUUAAUGUAAAUGUUGACUGUAAAA